CUCAGUCUGAAGGGGUCGGUGGACGCUUCUGACAGAAUCUGUAUCCGUAGUUUACCCUUUUUAUGACUAUGACACACCCUUUGAAUACAUUAGUGAGCUGAAGUCGUCAUUUGGUGUUGAAAGCCGAAACCCACACCCACAGAAAGGCAUCGCCCUUCCAAGUUGUGCGGGACUGUCGAUCCGCCGUUAAGUGUUGUUCACCGAGCGCUAUGGCCCCGGGCGGUUUAUUCUGCUUUAGCCUGCUCGCAGUGCUCAUACCAGCACCUGUUGAGUUGUGUGUUCCGCAAUCAAUCCAAGCCAUAGUGCCUGCAGAACUCCAGCCUGGCUAUGUUGUCUCUGAAGUGCCUUUGUCAGGUUGCCAUGGAGGGGGACGGCGGCUGGUCUCGGCAGACCCUGACUUUGCCGUGCGGGCGGAUGGCACCAUCGUCACCAUCCAUCUGACCAGCGUGAUGGAAGAGGGGAAGUCCUUCUUGGUGUGGGUGUGGGACGGGGCGGGACACCGCUGGGCGAUCAACGUCCGUCUCCUGUCCACAUCCCCGGAGCCGGUGCCAGCCCAUGUGCCCAGAAGGGUGCCCUAUCACAUGCCUGGUCAGAAAGGCUCCAAUCCCGCUGUCCUCCGGCGCACCAAGAGGAGAUGGAGCCCGCUGCCUUUCAACAUCAUCGAAAACGAUGUGCCUCCAUUCCCCAAGAAUGUGGAACUGGUGGGGUCUGAUUCAAUGGUGAACUAUACUGUGUAUUACGAGAUCAGCGGUCCAGGGGUCACCCUACCUCCGAAGGGGUUGUUCUCUGUGGAAAGGCUGACUGGCAUGGUAAAGGUGUGGUACGCCGUGGACCGCGAGCAGUUCCCCAAGUUUGUGUUCACAGCUCGGGUCUUUGACAUUAUCACCAAGGAGGAGACUGACCGGCCCUUGGACAUCACUGUGUUGGUGGACGACAUGAACGACAACGCUCCGACCUUCUCCGGACCCCUCGAGUUCGCUGUGUCAGAGCAGUGUAGCCCUGAUACUGAGAUUGGACUCGUGACUGCCACUGACCUGGAUGCUAAGGACACCCUCCACGUUAAGAUCAAAUACUCCCUCCUGAGUGGCAUCGAGCUCUUCUCCAUCCACCCUGAAAGUGGAAUGCUCAAAGCCAAGUCUGGCAACCUGGACAGAGAGGUUCAGGUGGUGCACAAAGUCGUCGUGGAGAUCAGGGACAUGAAUGGCGCGAGGAACGGCCUCUCUAACACCGCCACGGCAACCGUGACGCUGGUGGACAUCAAUGACAACCCUCCUACCUUCAGAGAAGCCACAUACAAGGCGAGAAUCGACGAAAACCAAGCGGAGGUGCUGGUCCUGCGGAUUCCUGUGGACGAUAAGGACGAAAAGAAGACCAAGAACUGGAAUGCCAAGUUUGUGAUCACCGAGGGCAACGAGAACGGGAAUUUCAGGAUCGACACAGACCCUGAAACCAACGAAGGCCUGCUGUAUGUCGUUAAGCCACUGGACUAUGAGAAGGGCAAGGUGGUGAAGAUGAAGGUGACGGCCCAGAACGAGGCCCCGCUGGCGGGUACGUCCGGCUCCUGGGUCUCCAUCCCCCUGGAGCUGAGCGUGGGGGACGUGGACGAAGGGCCCGAGUUCAGCCCCCCACACCUGGUUCUCCUGGUCAAUGAGAACACACCCAACGGAACCCUACUGAGUACCUACGCCGCCCUGGACCCUGAGACCAAGAGCAGUGCUGGAAUGAGGUAUUACAGCGUGUCUGACCCCGGCUCGUGGAUCAAUGUUGGGGAAAACACAGGAGAGCUGAAGGUGGCCAACACCAUAGACCUGGAAUCUCCUCUGGUCACCAACGCCAUGUACAAUAUCACUAUCAAAGCAGUGGACAAGAGUGGCAAGUCAGGCAUCGGCACGGUUACCCUCCUGAUCAAGGACGUGAACGACAACGUGCCGGAGAUCGACGGGGGGGAGCUGGUGCUGUGCGAAGAGCCGGACGGGGGGAGGGGCUCCGUCACCAUCGUGGCGGUGGACCGGGACCUCCCGCCUUACUCCACCCCCUUCAACUUCCAGCUGCCAGAUGGGCAUGAUGGGAAAUGGAGGCUGACGAGCAUCAAGAACAACUCGGCGGUGCUGGAGCAGGCGACGGACAUGUCAAGAGGGCUGUACCGGGUUCCCGUGCGCGUGAGCGACCUGCAGGACAAAGGCGGGGUCCACGAGGUGCAGGUGCGCGUGUGCCGCUGCCUGGGGGAACAGUGCGCCCCCCAGAGGAGCUCUGCCACGCUGGGGGUGUGGGGGGUCCUGGCCAUGCUGCUGGCUCUCCUACUGCUCCUGCUGCUGUGCAUCCUCUUUGUGUUUGCCUGCACCACGAAAGGGGAGAAGGUCUACAUCGACGACUCCAAUGGUGGAAUGCUGCUGAUGUCCAACACAGAGGCUCCGGGGGAGGAAGUGAAGUCCGCCCACCUUCUCACCAUCCCCCCCACCUGCGACAGCGCGGACGGCUCGCUCAAGAAGGGAUUCCUGGACAGGAUGGGGGCGACGUCGCCUGUCAGCCAGCAUCAGACUGGUCAGCAGAUAAAUCAGCAUCUGAUUGGCCAGCAGAUGAGCCAGAACAGCUUCUACCAGACAAGCAGGCGGGACUUCCUGUCUCAGGGACAGAAGGGUUUUUACUCCUCCGGGCAGUACGGGGGCGCCACCUACACCGACGCUGCCUUGCUCAAACAGUCCCAGCUCUCUGCUCUCUACACUUGGGAGACCAACGGCAUUUAUCUAGUCAAGAAACUGGGGUAUUUGGGCGAUGAGGCGGAGGAACGCUACGCGGACGACCUCCUCACGCCGUACGGCUACGAGGGGGAAUGUUCGCCGGCGGGCUCGGUGGGCUGCUGCAGCGACUUCGGGGACCAGGACAACCUGGACUUCCUGGACUCGCUGGGGUCCAAGUUCAAAACACUGGCGGACAUCUGCCUGGACAGAGAGAAAGAAAUACCCUGAGAGAAGCAACCGGAACUGAUACAGGAAGGGAGGAUUCUGAGAGACCGUGAAAGAGAGUUCAUUCGAGGAGGACUGUAAAAGCCAGACAUUAGUCGAAGACUACAGCUUUGAUGUGCCGAAGCUGGUUGAGGUUCUGUGCUGUAUGUUCCGGCAUUUGACACUAGGUGGCGUAUUAUACCGUUACACUGUGAUAAAAGAAACACUGGCUGGGUUUAGCUCUGAUCAAUCCAAUUGUAUGUAUGUGUGUGGGUGAGACUUUGAUCAAAUUAUGUUGUUGCUCCUCAGUCUCAAGGACAGCAUUAGAUGUUUGAAAAGAUAUUCUGUACAGUAGUUUUUGGGCCUGGUUAGGAUGGAAAAAUGAGCUUCUGCCUUCACUGAGAAAGCUGUUUUUGUUCCAGGGAUAACUGACUAAUGCUAAUGAAUCUAAUAAUGCAUCAACUGCUGUUUUCUCAAUAACUCACAAUGCAUUUAUUUCCAUGAAGUACAAAUAGGAGCGAAUUUGUGUGCGUUUUGUGCAUACCAUGGAAAAAGUAUGUAUGUAAGAGUAUUGUUUACUGUAAGAUAGUCUUCAUAAUACCUGAAGGUAUUGUGGAAUGAACUAAGAAUAUAAGGAAUUCCUUCUGGGUGGAAGUUGUAACGGCGUCAAGAUGGGAAAUGGAACACAUGAAAUGAUAGAUGGGCAGCGGUUUUAGACGUGAUAUAUUUCUUUUUCUAUUGCAUUUACCGAAUUAAUCAAAUUACAUGAAACUUUUGGGAUUCA